GAGCAGGCUCCAUGCAGGGAGCCCGAUGCGGGACUCAAUCCCGGGUCUCCAGGGUCACGGCCUGGGCCGAAGGCAGAUGCUCAACCACUGAGCCACCCGGGCUGCCCUCAUCCCCGGUGGUUUAAAAACUUUUCCAGAACCAUUUACAACCAAGAGUCAGUAGAGGCUGUUUCCUUCUCUGGUGUUCGGAGUCUGAACCAAAUAAUCUUUUGAGGUUUCUCCCUCCUGUGGCAUCUGGUGGCUCCCUAAGCAGAUGAGGGAAUGUGGUGCUGGGACUAUAAGUGUUCCCGGAUUCUCGCCUUCCUUCUGGAGACAGGAUUCCUUCUUACUUCCCGACUGGAAUUAGCAGAUGUAUAUGCUGCUAGAAAGAAGCUGAUGCCUGGGAACAUGGUGGAGUGGUGCUUACCUCAGGAUAUUGACCUUGAAGGUGUUGAGUUCAAGUCUAUGGCCAGUGGGUCCCAUAAAAUUCAGUCCGACUUCAUCUACUUCCGAAAGGGGCCUUUCUUUGGCCUGGCCUGCUUCGCCAACAUGCCUGUGGAGAGCGAGCUGGAGCGCGGGGCACGUAUGAAGUCCGUGGGCAUCCUGUCGCCAUCCUACACCCUGCUCUACCGCUACAUGCACUUCUUGGAGAACCAGGUUCGACACCAGCUGGAGACGCCAGGACAUUACUCCCAUCUGGCUGCAUUCUAUGAGGACAAGAAAGGGGUGCUCCAUGCCGGUCCGGGGAGAGGUGGGAGCCUGCCCCCCGUCUACUGGUUGCCUUCCAUCCACCGAUACAUGUACCCUGAGAUGAAGAUCACACACCCAGCUGGCUGCAUGUCUCAGUUUAUCAAGUUCUUUGGAGAACAGAUCCUCAUCCUUUGGAAAUUUGCCUUACUUCGAAAGCGCAUUUUGAUAUUUUCUCCCCCUCCUGUGGGUGUCGUGUGCUAUAGAGUGUACUGCUGCUGCUGUCUGGCCAACGUGUCCCUGCCUGGCAUCGGGGGCACCAUUCCCGAGUCCAAGCCCUUCUUCUACGUGAACGUGGCCGACAUCGAGAGCCUGGAGGUAGAGGUGUCCUACGUGGCCUGCACCACCGAGAAGAUCUUCGAGGAGAAGCGGGAACUGUAUGACGUGUACGUGGACAACCAGAACGUGAGGACGCACCACGACCACCUGCAGCCCCUGCUGAAGAUCAACAGCGCCGACCGCGAGAAGUACCGGCGGCUCAACGAGCAGAGGCAGAUGCUGCUGUACUCCCAGGAGGUGGAAGAAGACUACAACCCGUGCGAGGAGGACCUCUUUGUGCUGUUUUUCCUCGAGCAAAACAACCGGAUAUUUCAGACUUUGUUGGAGGUGUCUGCCAGUCAAGAUAAAACUCUGACCGCUGAGCAUGCCCGCGGCAUGGGUCUAGACCCCCAAGGAGACCGGAGCUUUCUGAUGGACCUGCUGGAGGCCUAUGGCAUCGACGUCAUGUUGGUCAUUGACAACCCCUGUUGCCCGUAGGAAGAGUGAGCCGAGGCUGGUGAGCCGCUCUCACCUGGGGAUUUCACACUGGGCCCCAGAAGAACUCAUUUUUUAUUAAGUUGAUGCAAAGGAUUAUGGUUUAUACUUUCCAACAAAUGUGAUUUUUGCAAUCUCCUUUCGUCCCUUCCUCCCUAGUGGUGAGAUGAGACUACCUUGGUUUUGUGUCCUGCUUUGGUACGAUGUUGGAAUCUACCACUUUCUCCCAGAACUGCCGCCUGGUUUGGUUGUCAGAGCCGAGUUUUUCCUCUCCAUAUUGAGUGACUUGAGGGAACGUGGUGGAGGCCAUAUAUCACUAGGAGCAGGCCGAGCUCUGGAAAUACUGGGUGGACUGUUGAGAAAGUCUCUGAUUUUCCAUCCCUUGAGGUACUCGAGACUGAGAGAACUGUCCGGAGUGGCCUUGGAUGUGCACCUCCUGAAGGUGGAAGCUAGACCUCCUGACCCUUCAGGGUUUUUAUCCGUUCUGGGAGUCCAGUGUUGAGGUCAGAUCUCUUCUCCUGUUCAGUAGGGCAGAUCUGCGUCUUCUCUGUUCAUGUGAGUAGAGCCCUCGAAGAGGAACAAAAGGAUGUUUCUCUCACUAAAUGUGAACCUCUCUCGGCACAGAAUGACAGGAAGAGGCUUCUCUUACCAGCCAGCUGGAAACUAAAAUUGUAGAAUGAAGCCUUGAGAGUUUCCUCAGAGUAGAUUAGCGGCCACUCAGUGUGAUACUCCUCCUCUCUCCAAAUCCCCCUCCUCUAGGGAUGGCCCUGGACCUUGCAAGCAAAUUCACUUUACCGUUUAGUUUCCUUUAAGGGCUAACUAUUCUCUUGGAAGUAAUUUAGGUAUUUUUAAAGAGUAACGUUGGUUGCCACCAAAGGUGUAGAGCAGUUGGGGUUCAAACAGGAUGGAGAAGAUGUUUCUCCACCCGAGAAUGUGUCCUCCGGACACGUUGCUAGCAGGGCUUCUGGAUCAAAAGGGAUUCAGUGGAUGCCGUAAUCGAGCAAGGAUCUGAGCUGGUUACUCAAGAGUUUAGAGCAAGACUCUACCAAUUUGGAGGCUUCACAAGUUUCUCUUGGGCAGAGAUGACAUUCCCUGAGCUCAGUAAUUGGGGCCAGAGACUAACACAUUUGUCAGCGAAUUUGACAGUGCCUUCACCUAGGGAAGUGGUUGGAAUCCCUGAGGGUCAGGGGGAGUCUGCCCGUAUUCCCCUCACACGUUUUGGUCUGGGACGACUCCCGUGGGGCCCUGCUGCUGCUUCUCUUCUGGGCAUUCCAGGGGUGCCAACUUAGAGGAGAUGGUAGUUGUUUGAAGCCGGCUUUCGCACGCAGAGCUUAGGUCUUUUGGGACAGAGUUUCCAAUUUUGACUCGGGCUCCUGGGUUACUGGUGACAAUUUGUUCCCUUUCGACCUUCUUGCCUGGCUGUGUCGUUGGCCUCGCCACAUAUCCAUGUCUGUGACCGGGUUCCAGCCACGCAAAGAAAUAACUUUCGGAUGGAUGGAUCACAUGUCCUAUCUCAAGACUAGCUUUUUAGGGUUCACUGCUUUAUUCAGAAAUAUUUCACUGUAGCUCCUUGAUGCAGGAUUCAAGACUAAAGAAAUUCACAUGUAAAAAAUGCAAACGCAUAUUGGUUCAUCAAAGUAACCUCUUUUAUGUAAAUAUAUAGGGAAGUUCGGGCAUUGACACAUAAACUGUACAACUACUACACUUCUCUCCUCUGCAGUGUGGGUUUACCAUCGUGUCGGUAAUACAUGUGUUUACAUAAGAAGCUUCGCCACCUCUUUCCUUGAAGAGCAAUGUUGUCUGGUCUCUGGGGAAGGAGCGGCCUUUCUGACCUGGGUCAUGGCAGUGCUGUCUGAAGGCUCAAGGUUUGCGUAGUUAGGGGCUGGUCUGCCCGAAGCAGGGGUAGGGGUGGCGGGAAGGGUCACGUUCUCUCGGUGGACAUAGGUCCUCUUCCUCAGGACUUGAGGGCGUUGUUGGUUGUUGGAAGGGGACUUCUGCGCCCGUGCCCUUCUGCACGUGAAUGCCCGUGUGUGUGGAAUUGCAACUCCAAGUUCACAGGUGCUCAUGUAAAGGUCAUAAGGUGAAAGCGAGGUUCCAGUAUUUUCCUUUGAAUGCUGGGUGGGGCUCCAGGCUCCUUUCAGCUCGUGGCUCUAACAGGCUGGCGGCCACGUGGCCUCCUGUGCGGUCCCCUCGCAUUCGUGCAGAGCAGGGGGCGUGUGGAGGGGAGUGUGCAGGUGAGCCUGGGCUCCGCCGACCCCCACACAGAACUCCCCCACCCACCCUGUAGCCCUUUUCAGAGAGAACUCAAGGAUUCAGUCCUUCCCCUGCCAGCUUCCUUAGGGGCCGGAAAUCCAGCAUGCCCCCCGGCUCUGUACUCCCCUUUGUCACUGUCCACCCUCCCCUGAGUAUUUCUUGCCUGGAUUGUGAUAUGGAGCCUCCAGUUUCUGAGCUCACCUUUCGAAGACUGACUUUGGACCUGACUCUGCUCCCAUCCCUCUCCUCCCCGCCAGUACGUCCAGGUUGCAGCUGCACCCGGCAUCAUUUGCUGCCCCUUCGCUAAGAGGGGAACUGGUGCAAGGUAUACCUGGAAGGACUCCUGCAGUAACAGCAGAAGCUAGAAGCCACACAGACCUGCUUUCGAGUCCUUGUUGAAAGAUUUCCUUAAAACCUUUCUACUUCUGUUCAGAAGACCUGGGCCAGCAUCUUCGUUCCUGCCUUGUAGGGUCCAUCAGGUCUGGAGCAGCAGGGAUGAUUACCGCAGACUCCUGAAGCAGGGCUGGGAGCCUGGGGCCGGGGAGCGACCCUCCUGGACUGUUGAACCUCAUCCCCUCCCCUGCCUCAGCUGGCUUGGCCCUUCCAAGAAUUUGAAGCCUGAUCUGAUGCCAAGCUGUGAGCCACAUGCUCCUCUGGAAACACUGCUGACCUGAGACACCUGGGCUGCUCUCAUUCCUGAAUCAAGUCAUCAGAGAAAAGCCAGGUGGAAGGAUUCCCAAUGGGGCCAAGCAAGAAUCCGGGCCUGGGGUUUAUUGAAGUCCAGCAAAUUGCGACUAAGGCCUAUUAAAGUGGUUUUUUUUUUUUUCAGUUCUGCAGGCUUGGCAGACGCUAAUAUUCAGCCUUGGAGAAAAUGUCCAGCUGUGCUCAGGCUUAGGAUUCUUUCUUCAGGAAGAGUCAGAAAUGGUAGGAUUUAUCUCCUACGAGAGCCAAAAGUAUGGGCCAAUUUGUUUAGAAUUAGCUAGGGCUUUAAUGAGGCAUGGAGCAGGCCCUAGGCCUGGGGUGGAUCCGUUCCGGUGUGCCCCCCGGGGCCACGCACCGUCCUCAGGACUGCCAUGGAUUGGAAGGCACUGGCUGUCCAGCAUGGCAGCUUCCUCCGUUUGGCCAGGGAAUGGGUGCCGAAUUCAUUGAUAAUGAUAGAAAUAAAUUAGCCCAGAACUUGCAUCUGUAACGUACCUUGUUUUGUUCCACGUGAAAAUCAAGAUGAGAAUUUUAAGUAUAGCACAGGGCACAGGCCGUUCUAAAUGCCACCCGUGUGGACUGACGUAUCCGCGUAACCACCUGGCAUUUUAGCUAGAAGACAAAGGUAAAGAUAAAUUAAAUCCUAGCUGAGUCGGGUGUUUUUCAUUCUGGUGGCUAGGAGGAUAAACUUGCUAUUUGUCUUGAUACACUGAAAGCCCUUCCAACGCAAUAAAAAGAUGAGAUGAUUCACCUUUAAACUGAGGCCUUUCGGGAACCUUCUGUAAAGGGCAGUCAUGAAUUAAACUUUUAAUGGGAGGACAACAACCUUCUGGGAAGAGGCAGGGACCUCAGGGAACUUUUUUUUCCCCCUCCUUUUUUUUUUCUAAAACCGUAUAGCCCAGGGAAUGGUUGAGACGCUUUCUCCAAGUCCCCAUAUGGAUCACACUUGCAGAGAUGAGGGAGGAGGAGCUGAAAAAAUUAAAAGGCCACAGUCAGCUUGAUAGUGAACUUUGCUCCGUAGGAUAUUGGUUCUGAAAUAGGCAAGAAAGGCAACCCGAGACCAACGCAUCACGCAGGGGCUUCCGCCUCGCCGUCUGGUUCCUUGCCAGCAGGCCGGGAACCUGUGAGGUCCAGCCCGAGGAUCUUCCCACCGCCCUUCUCAGCCCUGCUUCAGGCCCUGUGGUGAGGCUCCUGCGAAUGCGACCUGUCCCUUCUCAUUCCAGGAAAACCCUUUUCUGAUUCAGGUAGGGGACGGCGAGGAGUCCGGAGCUCCUCUUACUCCUGAGCCGUGGAUUUUUUAGUGUUCCGUUGUGAGAUGAAUAUACCUCUGUUCCCAGGAGCUGCUAAGAGUGUUGGGAGAAAGGCCAACUGUGAAUUAAGUUAAUGUUUUUCUUAUAAGAAAUGGGAGUUUAUUUUUCUAUCGAUACUACUGUGUGAUGGAGUGUGCAGAUGUUGAGAUGGAAGGACAUUUCAAAACUAUAAUCCUUGAAGAAAUGCCAAGUUGUGUAAUCUGGAAGCAACCGAGACUCCAUAGAAAAGUUUUGUUUUCGAGUGUGAAUAAGGAGACGGUGCUGCGGUCUUAACCGCACUCUCUAGGAGAUGAACGUGACGGUCCUGAGGCGGAUGACACAGUCCCUGACCUUAGGGAAAAUUCCCGUACAAAGCGUGUAAACGUGAUAAUGCUGAUUAGUGAGCUGCUUACUGGAGCGGUGUGAUUUUAUAACCUGGCACUUUAAUUCUUUUCUGGAGCUGGAAUACAGGGGCAGUUGGAUGAAACUGCACAUUUAGAAAGGAAGUAAGAGUUUUUCUAGUGCUUAUAAAUGAUAAUAGAGAAAUAAGGCCCUCUUUAUUCUAGAAGCUCAGCAUCCCAUGGCCUGUUAGUGGUAACAUAGCCUAAAUUCAGAAAAUUUAUUUACUUACCAUGGUAGAAGGAUGGGCGUGAAUUACGUUUGUUGUAGAAUGCCGGUUUACUAACGAUACAUUUACUCUGCUGAGGACAGUUGGGGGACACGGGUAGGUUAGGGCCUUAGAAAUUAGCCUGGGAUGAUCCACAACGGUGGUCACUGAAUUAGCUGGUAGCAAAUAUAGUUCAUUGACGUUGGAGUGAAAACUUCCUUUGGCCAAAUCAAGAGAAGAUAAAAGUCGACAAAAAUAUUUAAGGCAGCAUUAGGAAUAGUUUGUGUAGAGUGCCCACAAAGACCAGACUUACAGAGGGUGUCGAUUCUGUGCUUUUGGACAGACUGGGUAGGAGACUCUAGGGGUCAGAGUAGAGGAAAGCAAAAUUAACCUCUUAUUUACCCAAGCUUGUUGUCUAAAUUUUUUUUUAUAGGUCUGGGAAAUAAACCUUUUCUGAAAAAGGAAUAGUUUGUAGGCUUGGAAAAAUGGUUUCCUAUUUUUCCCCCGUUAGGAUCAGCAUAGCCGCCCCCGUCGCCUUAAGUGUCAAAUCCCUAUUUUGAUUAACACCCCAGCAUAAGAGUUAUAGCAAUAAGAGACACUGAAUCUAUUUUUGUUUAAAUUCUUUACCUCAUAGUAUGAAAUUAAUUAGUAAGACAGUUGAUAAAUUUUACCCUGAAUACUAGUGCAUAUAGGUAUGUUGUUCCGUUUUGAAUGGUAAUGAUUUUAAUGGCCUAAAGAAAGCUGGGGUUAAUCCUGGAGCUAGGAGUAAAUGUUUAAUGGAUUUUGUUCUGUGGUACAAAUAACAUCCGUGUAUAUCAUAUCUGUAUAUAUCUGAACCAAGCUGUGUGCAGAGGUUGAUAUAACUAUAUUUACAGAAUACAAUUUUUACAAUUAAAAUUCACAUUUUAACAUGAACAUGUGUGUGCAGUGGUCUUUCACCAGUCUGAGAAGUGUGCUUUAUGGGAGGAAGGAGAGGGUGGCCCCAUGUUGGAGCACAAA